CCCCGCCCAGCGGCCGGCAGCCCGUCCCGCCCCCGCCUCCCGCGAGUGCGGCCUCGCCUGCGGCGGCUCCAGCUGACGGCUGAGGUGCUGAGGUUUGGUGCGGUGGUCAGGAUGGCGGAGGAGCAGGAGUUCAGCCAGCUGUGCAAGUUGUCGGCGCAGCCCUCGCACCCACACUGCGUCAGCAACACCUACCGCAGCGCGCAGCACUCCCAGGCCCUGCUCCGGGGGCUGCUGGCUCUCCGUGACAGCGGCAUCCUCUUCGACGUUGUGCUGGUGGUGGAGGGCAGACACAUCGAGGCCCAUCGCAUCCUGCUGGCCGCGUCCUGUGAUUACUUCAGAGGAAUGUUUGCUGGGGGAUUGAAGGAGAUGGAGCAGGAAGAGGUCCUCAUCCACGGCGUGUCCUACAAUGCCAUGUGCCAAAUCCUGCAUUUCAUAUACACCUCCGAGCUGGAGCUCAGCCUGAGCAAUGUCCAGGAGACGCUGGUCGCCGCUUGCCAGCUUCAGAUCCCAGAAAUCAUCCACUUCUGUUGUGAUUUCCUCAUGUCCUGGGUGGACGAGGAGAAUAUCCUUGAUGUUUACCGGCUGGCAGAGCUUUUUGACUUGAGCCGUCUGACGGAGCAGUUGGAUACGUACAUCCUCAAAAACUUUGUGGCCUUCUCAAGGACUGACAAGUACCGUCAGCUGCCCCUGGAGAAGGUCUACUCCCUACUCAGCAGCAAUCGCCUGGAGGUUUCCUGCGAGACCGAGGUGUACGAGGGCGCCCUGCUGUACCAUUACACCCUGGAACAGGUGCAGGCCGACCAGAUCUCACUGCACGAGGCCCCCAAGCUCCUGGAGACAGUGCGCUUUCCCCUGAUGGAGCCUGAGGUCCUCCAGCGGCUGCACGACAAGCUGGACCCCAGCCCGCUGAGGGACACAGUGGCCAAUGCGCUCAUGUACCACCAGAACGAGAGCCUGCAGCCCAGCCUGCAGGGCCCGCAGACAGAGCUGCGGUCAGACUUCCAGUGCGUCGUGGGCUUCGGGGGCAUUCACUCCACGCCGUCCACCGUCCUCAGCGACCAGACCAAGUACCUGAACCCGCUGCUGGGAGAGUGGAAGAACCUCACUGCCUCCCUGGCGCCGCGCAUGUCCAACCAGGGCAUCGCGGUGCUCAACAACUUCGUGUACCUGAUUGGAGGGGACAACGACGUGCAGGGUUUCCGCGCCGAGUCUCGAUGCUGGAGGUAUGACCCACGGCACAACCGCUGGUUCCAGAUCCAGUCCCUGCAGCAGGAGCACGCCGACCUGUGCGUGUGUGUCGUGGGCGGGUACAUCUAUGCGGUGGCGGGCCGCGACUAUCACAGUGACCUGAAUGCUGUGGAGCGCUACAACCCCGCCACCAACUCCUGGGCCUACGUGGCCCCGCUCAAGAGGGAGGUGUACGCGCACGCGGGCGCUGCACUGGACGGGAAGAUGUACAUCACCUGUGGCCGCAGAGGGGAGGACUACCUGAAGGAGACGCACUGCUAUGACCCAGACAGCAACACCUGGCACUCGCUGGCCAGCGGGCCCGUGCGGCGAGCCUGGCACGGCAUGGCCACCCUCCUGGACAAGCUGUACGUGAUCGGGGGCAGCAACAACGACACUGGCUACAGGAGGGAUGUGCACCAGGUGGCUUGCUACAGCUGCACAUCUGGGCAGUGGUCGUCCGUGUGCCCACUCCCGGCGGGGCACGGUGAGCCCGGCAUUGCCGUUCUGGACAACAGGAUCUAUGUGCUGGGCGGUCGUUCGCACAACCGGAGCAGCCGCACUGGGUACGUGCACAUCUACGACGUGGAGAAGGACUGCUGGGAGGAGGGGCCCCAGCUGGACAACUCCAUCUCGGGCUUGGCAGCCUGUGUGCUCACCCUGCCCCGCUCCCUGCUCCUCGAGGCGCCCCGAGGGACCCCUGACCGCAGCCAGGCGGACCCGGACUUUGCCUCUGAGGUGAUGAGUGUGUCUGACUGGGAGGAGUUUGACAACUCCAGCGAGGAUUAGGGCUUUGGGCUGGUGUCAGAAGGGAAGGUCGGGGCGGCCCACGCCAGAGCACUUUAUCCCAGGGCGCGGAGGCCCUUCCUCCUGCCCACCCCUGCUGGCGGGCUCCUACCACCCUUCGUUCACACCAGCCAGCAGCAGGUAUUUGCUGGGCCCUGCAGAUCCUUAUCUGGGGAUCACCCUGCAGGGGGAAGUUUUCUGGAAAGCUCUGGUCCUCUGAAGGGUUUUACUAGGCCUGCUUCUGAGCUCUGACAGGGUGUGCUGUCACCAGCUGUCUUGGAUUCCCUGCUCCCUGGUUCUGGUCCCUGCUGGGCUAAGAAGGUGCCCUUCUCCAAAGGGACCUGUGGACUGGCACCCAGGUGAGGGGGUUGAGGCACAUCUAGCCCCCUCUGUGGGCAGGAGGGGGUGGGGUGAGCCCCUCACCUACCCAGCAGCCCGGUGCUUGAGCGAUUACGAGCUUUCAAGGGCUGGAGAGGGAGCAGAGAUGCAUAAAAAUGCCUGAGACUGGUUCUAAUGAUAAGCCCUACAGCUGGGCUUUUCUGAUCCCAUGUUGUUGAUAAAUGAAAUAAAUCAUCUUACAAAAA